AUGGCGUACAACGUGAUGCCUUGUUCUGGAUCUUUAGCUAAUGUCAUUUCCGACCAGGAAAAUAUAAACAGUUUGUCAGGGCUAGCUCAGGAUCAUUUCAGCCCAAGUUUAACCGACAGUAAUUUUAAGAGCAAUGAUGAGGAUGAUAACAGAAAGUGGGUUGUGUUGACCGUUACAGUCUUGACAACGUUUAUAAGUAUCGGAUUUCCAUUCAACAUGACCGUACUGAACCUAUCGUUCCUGGAGGAGUUCGGUAGAAGCAAUGCAGAAACCUCCGUCGUGCAAGCAGUCACGGUAGGGAUUUUCUACAUAGCAGGUUCGGGAUUAUCUGCCUGUUACAUCGCUGCUUCGACAGGAGUAGAUGAAUACUUCAGCGGAAAGUCAAAACUGCAUGUUUUCUCAUUGCUUUCAUUUGGUGCUGGCUGUGGAGCUAUAGUGUAUCCCUAUAUUCUUGACAUUUUAACAAAAGAGUUUGGAUUUAGAGGAUGCUUGUUGAUAAACGCAGGUCUAAUAUUAAAUACGGUCCCGUGUUUCGCUGUUUGCAAACCAAAAACUAUUGCUGUUUCCAACCCAACACCGAUGGACAUUAACUACGCAGUAUCAGAAAUAACUGUACAAUGUAAAGAGGAUUCUAUUGAAGAAUUGGGGAUUCGAGAAAAACUUCUAACGCUUAUGAAAAACAAGGCAUAUUUAAUCCACAUAUUGGCAGUGAUGUUUUCCGAUCCUGCUAUAACAUCUGUAACAACUUUUCUAGUAAGCUUUCUGCAACUCCAGGGCUUUGAUAAACAAAAGACUGUAUUUCUUUAUAGCGUGAUGUGUAUGUUUAGCACAUUAUUCAGACUAAUGACAUGCGUUUUGAAGCGGAUAACACACAUAAGCGUCUUAUUGAUACCUGCUUUAUUUUUGAGUAUUGGUGCCAUCACCUGUGCUGUACUUGCACAUGCCAGUACCUAUGAAAGCCACGUGUUAUUGAUGGCAAUACUUGGAACGGCGUUAGGCGGAACUUUUACAGCAUUUCCCAUUUCGAUAGCGAAGCUGGUUGGUACGGAAAAUUUCUCUGUCGGAUUUGGUGUUACUCUCACUAUUGUAGGAAUUUUCAACGUUUGUGGUGCACCUAUAGCAGGUCACCUUAGAGACACAACGGGGUCCUAUACUUUUUCCCUGUAUGGCGUUUCCAUUGCUUUUGGGGUGUCGACAUGUUUUUCCAUAUGUGCUGCAAGCCUACAGCAGUACAAGGAGAACAGUUCUGGACAGUUAAAAAAAUACAGGCAAAACAGAGGGACGAGGAGACGAACUAGUCUAGUACCAUGGAAGAGGAAAGUGGAAUUUAUGUUCUAAUUGGCUGAUUCUCGGGUGUAAGCUACUACAUACUGCAGUAUGAAAAGCGCUACGUUUGUUGGCAGUGUAGAUCUGUUUUCAAUUAAGUAUUAAUCAUAUUAUAGAUAAAUGUAACUGAUCCCUUUCAUUAUCGCUUAUUCAUUUGAUUUAUAUUUUUUGAGUAUAUCGAAACUGUUUUUAACAUUUAACGCCACUUUCAAUUUUUGAUCUCUUUAUUUUUAAAAUCCCUUGGAUGUACCCAAUGUACUUUCUCGACCAUAUCGAUAAAAGGGAAGUCAAGGGAUAAGAGUAACAAGAGGUCAAUGGGCCUUAAAAGUCACCUGAUUCUUAAACAUAUAUCCUCUUUGUAUUAACAAUGUAUUUAAACUGUUCAUGUAUAUAAAUAGUAAAGUAUAAUUUUGCUCAUAAUUUCAACUAAUUUCGAUUAAAAUGUGAUUUUCCAACAUAAACUAUAGUAGAGUGAAGCACCUCUCCUGGGAGAAAAGUGAAAUCUAAAAGCCAUGUAAUUUACAAUUUUAA